AUGCGCUGUUAUUCUCUUUUAUCGGUAUUUCUUGUGAGCGCUUUUGUCAUUAAUAUCACUGUAGCUAAGCGGCCAUUCAAUUCCCGAGCAUAUUCAGAAGUUGAUGAAAAAGGAUACAUGAAAAUAUCUGUAGCAGAUUUAAUUAAACCAGGUGAACAUAUUCGGUUUCUUGCUCGUCGUUUUCCGGACACUAAAGCAGACGCGUUUGAUAUCAUUCAAAUGGGAUUUAUAUAUUCGAAAAGUGAUUUAUUUUUAUCACAUGGACGUGGUAAUUUUUCACCCAAAUAUCCAUUUUGGUUUGAUCGUAAGAAUUAUGUGGUAUAUAUGCGAAUUGUUCAUUGGAUAUAUGAAAAAAAGUUUGUAGUAACCAGGAAAAUUUACCUGAAACAUUCUAUUGUGACAUUUGGCUUUUAUAAAUCAUUUGGCGUAUUUCAAAAGCCAGAACAAUUUUUUUAUACAAAUGAAGGACAUUAUACGGAUUUAGUAUUUGCAACAGGAUAUGCUAAUUAUUUUGUUGAUCAUUCUCAUUAUUUCUAUGUUCAAGGAGAAAAGAAGUUUGUAUAUGAUCAUCUUAGAACUCCACCGGAUGAAUUCUCUGGUAAGGAAGUAAUUCCUGAAGAAGUAAAAGGCGGACCAAUAGUUUUUAUUUGCAAUUGUGUUGAAGCAUAUCGAAGUUAUUUGGGUAAAUCAACUUCGUUUCAUGGUGACACGGAUCAAUUGAUGUUGUUAUCAAUGGGCUCACCAAUGCCAUAUCGUGCAACAUUUGGCUUUGGUGGUUUUUAUUUAACUCAACGAGCAUAUUUUGCUGGUUUCUUCACCAAUACAAUCAUUGCUGAAAUCAAAACCAUUUCUAGUACAUAUGUAUUUUAUUUGCAUAAUAAUAGUGUAGUAUUUAACAAUACUACGUUAAAAAUUGAAAAAGGUCUCUAUACAAGCGAUAUGUUCGAACAAAUUGGUAGUAUAUCAUUUAUAAAUGCAGGCGAAACAUUAGCAGUUUGUUAUUUAUCAUUAUCAUACUUUUCUUUUU